AUGUCGGCCACGGACGACGUGGUUGAAAGACCUGCCCCUGCUCAACCUCGAGUGAAAAAUGAUUCCUCGCCCACGAUGCCCACAGCCACCGAACAGCCAGACGAACGAUCAUGGUUCAGAGUCACCGAACAACGAGAUGAAUCGUCACCGACAUCCCCUCUGCUCAUCCCGGCCCCGCCGCUCGCCUCCAGCAGAUAUAACCGCCAGCUGCUCCUCCCACAACUCCGCCUCCGCGGGCAAGAAUACCUCCUGUCGUCCAAAGUGCUGAUCGUCGGCCUCGGCGGCCUCGGCUCCCCAGCCGCACUGUACCUCGCCGGCGCCGGCAUCGGCACCCUAGGCUUCAUGGACGGCGACGCCGUGGAAGUCAGCAAUCUCCACCGCCAAAUCGUGCACACCGAAGACGCCGCCCGCGCGGGACUGUCCAAAGUCCGCUCGGCCGCGGCGCGGUGUAAGGCUCUCAACUCGGAGAUUUCGUACGUGUGCCACGACAAGCAGGCCACGGGGGCCAACAUCCUCGCCACGGUGGCGCAGUACGACCUGGUGCUCGACUGCACGGAUAACCCGGCGUCGAGGUAUCUGAUCUCGGACGCGUGCGUGAUUCUGGGCAAAGUCCUGAUCAGUGGCGCCGCGCAGAGAGGGGAAGGGAUGCUCAUCGUGCUCAACUCGCCGCCGCCGCCGCCUGCUCCGCGGGCGGGUGCGAGCACGGGUGUGGCUACGGGUGCGAGUGAGGGUGCGGGUACGGCUCCGACAUCAACUACGCAGGACAAAGGCCCGUGCUACAGAUGCGUGUUCCCUCGUCCGCCGGCCCCUGAAACGGUGCGCUCGUGCAGCGAGAUCGGCAUCCUCGGACCUGUGGUCGGCACGAUCGGCACGCUCAUGGCCGGGGAGGCCAUCAAGGUGAUUUCCACGGGAGGGCAUCUCCCGCCGUCGCCGGUGACACCGACAGCCCAGGGUAAGAGCGGCAUCACAACUUCUGGCGCGGCGCCUGAAAGGCAUACCAUGCUUCUCUAUAACACGUGGGCGACGGAUCCGCGCAGUGUCUUUCGCACAAUCACGCUGCGAGGCCGGCGGAAGGACUGCCUCGCAUGCGGCGACGACGAGACCCUCGCGCAGAAGAACCUAACCAGGAUCACACCCGAGAUGAUCUCUCAAGGACGGCUGGAUUACGGGGCUUUCUGCGGCGUCGCGGACGACGUGAGGCUGUUGGGCGAGGAGAAUCGGAUCAACGCAAGUGAGUUUCUGGAAGAGCACGCUCGGCGGCAGCACCGUGGUCAUGGCCAUCACGGCGAGACGAGGGCCGACGAGGGAACAAGGACGAGAAAGAGGAAGAGGAAAGCCAUUGUCGUUGAUGUGCGUGAGGAGCAUGAGUUCGAACUGGGACCCAAAGUCGGCGGGAGCGUGAAUAUCCCGCUGUCGAGGAUUCUAAGGCACGGAGACGCCGCGUUUGAUCAGCUCGGGAUUGACUUUGGGACCAGCACUGGAAUAAGUCACCCCGGAGGAAUGGUCGAUCAGGAAUGGAAACGCCGUCUCCCGACCACAGAACAGGAAAUCGUAAAAGGCUCCGAAUCCGAGGCUGAUCCACAAGGCGGCCAGAUCAACAAGGAGUCACACAUCCCCAUCACCGAGGGGGCCAAUGUCAACUCUCAUAGCGCUGGGCACGGGCAAACAGUCAGGGUUGAUCUAGCAUUCCUAACAGAAAGCUCAGCGACCGGCCCGGACGGAGGGAUGCUUAAUCGAGAAUCACAUAUCCGGGCCGGGACCAACGACGGGGACAACUAUCAGGGGAGUCACAAUAGGCCUGAUGAAGAAAUGGUCAAUCACGAGACCCAUAUACCCCUGGCUGCGGCUGCACGAAUCGCGACUUCUACGAAUAGUGCUGGUGCAGGCCCAGACGGCGGUAUGGUCGAUGACGAGGCGCAUUCCCCCAUAUCCGAGCCCGUGGCAAGACAGUCGACCUUUUCGAGUGCUAACUUCCCGUCGAGACCGGGGGAGAUGUUUAAGGGGGGCAACGAAGAUGUUGGGUACAACUUCCGUCCGGGCGACGACGAGAACAACCACGACGACGACGACGACGACGAACCUCCAGACGUGUAUUUCGUCUGUCAGCGCGGGAACGAUAGUCAGAUCGCGGCGCAGAAAUUGAUGACGAGUAUUCAGACUGUCCAAGACGCAACCGGAAGGGAGACAGCUACAGCUACAGCUACGGUCGCAGCAGAGCCCAAGGCGCGAAGACAAAAGGUCCCAUGGAUCGGAGAUAUCAAAGGAGGGUUCCUCGCCUUAGAACAAUAUGCGGCUUACCAGUCACCGUAG